AUGCGGCCCCAAAACGCUCUUGUCGCCCUCUUCGUCGGGCUCGGCGGACAUGGCGUCCUCGCCGUCCCUACCUUUGGAAUGAUUUGCGAUGCCAUGAACGGCGCCAUGAACCUCGUGGGCGGUGGCAGAUUUGCCCUUCCCUGCGGCGGAAGCGGUGGAAGCGGUGGAAGCAAGGACACGUCGCGGCCCUCUGACGAAGCCAUGGCCGACGCGGCGGAGCAGUGGCGGGCCGACACGGGAAUCGUCUCCAACUUCCUCUCCAACGCCGAGUCGAUGACCCCGCAGGAGAGGCAGGACCAGGGCCAAAUCGCCGCCGACGCUGAAAAAGACGAGCUGGUCCAAAAGGCCGUCCUGGACCGCAUGUUCCUCAACGGGACGGCGGCGGACCGCGACCCUGCCGUGGCGGCGGCCCACGAUAUGCUGGCCAACCAGGGCACUUUCCAGUUUGUCCUGGACGCGCUCAUCCUCUUCUCCAAGAGAGGAUCAAGCUUGACACAGGAUGAGGUGGCCAGCAUGAUCAAGGCGGUGAACCAGGAUAGGUGCACGAAUGUGCUGCCGUCGAUCGAUACUUAUAUUGGGGCGACGCACGCCGUGACUGGGCAGGAAAGAGGAGGGAAGACGGCCGUUCGACCUACCAAUUGCUAA